UAGGCACACUCAUACAAAUUAAUAAAUUAAUUAAAAAAUAAAUUAAUGGCGACUAUUGUGGGAGCAAGUCUUUCUCGAAGUAUUCAUUCAUUGACCAGCGAAAUCAGGACUUGCAAAAAUCAAAGAGGAGCGUAGUUUUGUUGUAAUUUCUUUCUCAAGCUCUUCUUCUUCUUCUAAUGGCGACUAUUGUGAGAGGAACACUCGUUUCAAAUUCUGUGAAGUUGUUGUUAGAAAAGCUUGCUUCUACUGAGUUUGUGGACAACUUCCGGAGCACAAAGCUUGAUGUUUCAUACUUGAAAAAGCUGAAGACAACCCUGACAUGGGUUCAAGAUUUACUCAAUGAUGUCGAAGAACAACACUUCACCAAUCCGGAUAUCAAGAACUGGUUGAAUACGCUGAGAUAUGAUGUUUUUGAACUUGCCAAUUUGUUUGACGAAAUCAACACCGAGGCAUUGCGGCGCAAAGCGGAAGCAGAGUAUGAAACCCCAACUGCUUCCUCCCUAGUAUUGAAAACUAUUUUUUCUCCUUUCAAACGGAGUAGUAGUGUGAUUAAUUUUAAAAUGCAAAAAUUUAUUGAAAGAUUAGAAUGGUCGAAUUCAGCAUUACAACAAGGCGGGUUAGCUGUUUUCCAUUCUAGCAGUUUUUCUCAAGAAAUUCCCACAAGCUCUAUUUUAGUUGAUGAAUCUUCUAUUUAUGGAAGAGACUGUGAUAAAAUCAAACUAAAAAAUCUUUUGUUGUCUAGUAGUGAUGGUGAUGGUAAAAUAAGAAUCAUUUCCAUUGUUGGUAUGGGAGGGAUUGGUAAAACAACCCUUGCUAAACUCCUUUACAAUGACCCUCUAGUAAAGGAAAAAUUUGAGUUAAGAGUGUGGGCAUAUAUCUCGAAAGAUUUUGAUGUCUUCAGAGUUCUUGUUACCAUUCUUGAAUCCAUCUCUUCACAAUCAAUCAAUAGCGAUAACGCGGAUUGUCAACCUCUUGAAUCUUUAGAUACAAAAGCAAAUGACAACAGUGAAGCAAAGACCAUUUACCAGAAUAUUCUAUUAGUGAAGCUGCAACAAAUUUUAAGCACUAAAAAGUUUUUAUUGGUAUUGGAUGACGUGUUGGAUGCAAAAUCUGUCCAUUGGAUAUAUCUGAUGGACAUCUUUAAUGUGGGGAAAACAGGAAGUAGGAUCGUCAUCACAACAAGAGAUGAAAGAGUUGCACUAUCCAUGCAGACAUUUGUUUUUGUUCAUUAUUUGAGACCUCUGGAAAGUAAAGAUUGCUGGUCUAUAGUUACCACACUUGCAUUUGGAGCAGACUAUCAACAACAAAUGGAUGAAUUUGACAGGAAAAUAGCAAAAAAAUGUGAUGGAGUACCACUAGCUGCAGUAGUACUUGGCAGAGCUCUUUUUCACGCCAAAUUUGCUCCAAAUGAUGAGUGGGAUUUUGUGCUAGGAAGUAACAUUUGGGAGUUGGGAGAUUAUAAGUUAAAAGCUGCUUUACAUUCGAGCUACCAUUAUCUUUCGGAUCCUUUAAAACUGUGCUUUGCAUAUUGUUCAAUUUUUCCAAAGAAGUCCAUCUUAGAAAAAAGGAAGGUAGUUCAAUUGUGGGUUGCAGAAGGCAUAGUCAAAUUUUCCACAGGUCAAGAAAGCUGGAAAAAAGUUGGAGAAGAAUACUUUGAUGAGCUAGUUUCAAGGUCAUUGAUACAUCAACGAUCUAUUGAUGAUGAGGAAGUAAGCUUUGAAAUGAAUAACCUCAUUCAUGAUUUAGCUACAAUGGUUUCAUUUCCAUAUUGCAUCAGGUUUGACGAUCAAAUCUUACAUGAAAGGGUGCAUUAUUUGUCAUACAAUAGAGAGUUAUAUGACUCAUUUUAUAAAUUUGAUAAAUUGUAUGGAUUAAAAGAUUUGCGAACCUUUCUAGCAUUGCCACUACAAGAACGAUUGCCUCUUUGUUUGCUAUCGAACAAGGUAGUACAUGACUUGCUGCCAACGAUGAAAGAAUUACGCAUAUUGUCUUUGUCAAACUACAGGAGUAUCAACGAGGUUCCCAACUCUAUUGGAAAUUUGUUAUACCUGCGGUACUUAAAUCUUUCUUACACUAUGAUUGAAAGGUUGCCAUCAGCAACAUGCCAGCUUUACAAUCUGCAAUUCUUAUUGGUGUCAGGCUGUAAAAGGCUCACUGAAUUGCCAGAGGACAUGGGAAAAUUGGUUAAUCUACGCCACCUUGACGUCAGUGGCACUGCAUUGAGGGAGAUGCCCGGACAAAUUGCCAAACUAGAAAAUCUCCAAACUUUAUCUGACUUUGUUGUUAGCAAACAUAAUGGUGGAUUGAAGGUUGCAGAGCUAGGAAAAUUUCCCCACCUACAGGGAAAACUUUCCAUCUCACAACUACAAAAUGUUAAUGACCCCUUUGAAGCUUCUCUAGCCAAUAUGAUGACGAAAGAACAAAUAGACGAGUUAGCUUUAGAAUGGGACUGUGGUAGUGCUUUUUCAGAUUCACAAGUUCAAAUUGUUGUACUUGAAUAUUUGCAACCCUCUACAAAAUUGAAAAGUCUCACCAUCAAAGGCUAUGGUGGAAUCAGCUUUCCAAAUUGGUUGGGUGAUUCUUUAUUUAGAAACAUGGUUUAUUUAAGGAUCUCAAAUUGUGAUGAUUGUUUAUGGCUUCCACCCCUUGGACAAUUGAGUAAUCUGAAAGAACUCGUUAUUAAAGGGAUGCAUUCAGUAGAGACAAUUGGAAUUGAGUUCUAUGGAACUGAUGGUUCUUCAUUUCAACCAUUUCCCUCCUUGGAGAUUCUACACUUUGAGGAUAUGCAAGAGUGGGAGGAAUGGAACUCGAUUGGAGGUAUGGCUACAGAGUUUCCUUCUCUAAUAACUUUGUCACUAAUUAAAUGCCCGAAACUUAGAGUAGGAAACAUAGCUGACACAUUUCCUUCCUUAACUGAACUUGAGUUAAGAGAAUGUCCUCUAUUGGUGCAAUUAAUGCCAUCGUCAGAUCAUGUAUUCGGGCAACUGGCGUUCCCUCUUAAUUCUCUUCGAAAGUUGACCAUAGAUGGAUUUUCUUUUCCGAUGUCAUUCUCAACCGACAACCUACCAAAAACCUUGAAAUUUCUCAUAAUCAGUAACUGUGAAAAUCUAGAGUUCCCUCUAUGUGAAUACUUGGACAAUUACACAUCACUUGAGGAAUUGAAAAUAUCUUAUAGCUGUAAUUCAAUGAUAUCAUUUACCUUGGGUGUUCUCCCUGUCCUCAAAAGUCUGUUUAUUGAGGGUUGUAAAAAUUUGAAAUCAAUAUUAAUUGCAGAAGAUGCAUCUCAUAAGAGUCUCUCAUUUCUUAGAAGCAUCAAAAUAUGGGAUUGUAAUGAAUUAGAGUCAUUUCCCCCCGGUGGAUUGGCCACUCCAAACCUCAUUUAUUUUGCAGUGUGGAAGUGUGAGAAGCUUUCUUCACUACCAGAAGCAAUGCACAAUCUAACUGCCCUUCAAGAAAUAGAAAUUGAUAAUCUACCAAAUCUUCGAUCUUUUGUCAUAAAUAAUUUGCCUAUUAGUUUGAAGGAGCUGACUGUUGGCUUUGUUGGAGAGAUUAUGUGGAAUACUGACCCAACUUGGGAACAUCUCACUUGUCUCUCAGUGUUGCGAAUUAACAGCAAUGAUACGGUGAACGCGCUGAUGGGGCCAUUGCUACCCACUUCUCUUGUGAAACUAUGCAUAUGUGGUCUAAACACUACAAGAAUUGAUGGGAAGUGGCUUCAAAAUCUGACUUCUCUCCAAAACCUUGAGAUUGUGAACGCUCUCAAACUCAAGUCGUUGCCAAAGAAAGGAUUUCCUUCCUCUCUUUCAGUAUUUAGUGUGACUCGCUGUCCAUUACUGGAGGCAAGUUUGCGGAAAAAGCGGGGGAGAGAGUGGCUUAAGAUCGCUCACAUUCCCUCCAUAAUUAUUGAUGACGAAUUGAUCACAUGAGUCUUAUUCGGAUCUACCAAGGGCUUCAAGUGUAAUUGAUGGCUUGCACAGAUGGCAGUAGCCGGCAUCUCUUUCUUCCAGGAGUGCAUGGGAAGGAGAAAUCACAAUAUUGGCUAAAAUAGAGAGAUGAUGAACGAAAGAUUCAUUACCCAGUCCUCAAAACUAUGAGUAUUUCAGAUUGUGAAAAUCUGAAGUCGAUAUUCAUUGCAGAAAACGCGUUGCAGCAGAGUGUCUCAUUUCUUAGGAGCAUCACAAUACAGUUUUGUGAUAAACUGGUGUCAUUUUCCUUGGGUGGAUUACCCACUCCUAAUAUCAUUUAUUUGGACGUGCAAGAUUGUGAGAAACUUCGUUCACUGCCACAACUGAAAAACACUAUGGAUGGCCUUCAAGAAAUAAAAAUUCAAAAUCUUCCAAAUCUGCAAUCUAUUUCCAAAAACUUGAGGUUACAUUAUGUGACAAGCUCAAAUUGAUGCCAAAAUAGAAGGGUGAUUGUGUGACUGGAAUCAAGAUGGAAGCAGUGCAUCUCAGAAAUGGAGAUAAUAGCUUGAGCAACUCCUACAAGCAUCAAUUUUCAGUCAGAGUGAUUUUGCAGCAACUACUUUGCCGACUAGCGCUGGAUGAAGUAGAGGAACCAUACUUAUAAAAAUCAAAGAGCAGCAGUGUUUUUGUAUAAGCUGCAUUGUUGUGAUUUCUAACGCCAUUCUUAAUAGUUAAAACUAAGAAACUUAGGGUGGCUUUUUAGCUAGAAGCACUUUUUCCAGCUUAUGUGGAGGUGUUAUUUGAGAAGAUUCUUUCUCGUACUUACUUUGAAUCGGGUGGUAAAAAGUCGUGUUUUAAAUACACUAUCAUUUGACCAAAAGGUAUUUCCAAAGCAGUAUUUUUUGGUUCUACAGAACAAAUAAAAAUGGGCUAUAACAUUACACUAUAAACUAGUAACAAACCCGUGCGUUCGCACGGGUUCUGGUACGGGACGCGCAUUUUUUUCAGAUAUAUAUUUUUUAAUAGAAAAAUGUUUGAUAUCCGUAAAAAAUUAAUAAUUGAAUGUAUAGUAAA